AUGACUACCAUGAAAGCAAUCGUUAUUACUGAGCCCAAGACUGAGAGUCUCGUCACCGACAGACCCAUCCCCAAGCUCCGCGAUGACUACAUUCUUGUCAAGACCGUCAGCGUUGGCUUGAACCCCACCGACUGGAAGCACAUUGCCUACCUCUCCCCGCCUGGUGUUCUGGUCGGAUGCGACUAUGCAGGCACCGUCGAGGCCGUCGGCAAGGAUGUACAAAAGAAGUUUGCCAAGGGUGACCGAGUGUGCGGAUUCGCACACGGCGGCAACGCAGUGCAGCCCGAAGAUGGCGCUUUCGCGGAAUACAUCGUCGCUAAGGGUGACAUUCAGUGGAAGAUCCCCGAACAUAUGAGCUUCCAGGAAGGCGCCACCCUCGGUGUCGGCAUUAUCACCGUCGGCCAGGCUCUGUACCAGAGUCUGAAGCUCUCGUGGCCCACCGAACCUAUCAAGGACGCCACUCCGAUCUUGAUCUACGGCGGUUCCACUGCGACCGGUACCCUAGCUAUUCAGUUCGCCAGGCUCUCUGGCUAUAAGGUGUUGACUACCUGCUCCCCUCGCAACUACGAUUUGGUCCGCAGCCUUGGCGCCGACAAGGUCUACGACUACAAGGAUCCUAAGGCCGCUGAGCAAAUUCGCAAGGAUACCGACGAUAAGCUGAAGUUCGUUUUCGACUGUAUUUCGCUCGAGUCUAGCGCUGCGUUCGCUGAUAAAGCUAUCUCUACCGAGGGCGGCGAAUACAGCGUCCUCCUGAACGUUAAGAUCGAACGUGCCAAUAUCAACAAUCGUUUCACCCUGGGUUACACUGCCUUCGGUGAGAACUUCGAUUUGGGCGACUUCAAAAUUCCCGCUACUCCUGAUCAUAAGGCAUUUGCUGAGAAGUGGAUUGCUGUUGCUGAGGUCCUGCUUGCUCAGCAGAAGAUCAAGGCCCACCCCCCUAAGGUUGGCCAGCACGGUCUCAAGGGCGUCAUCGAGGGUCUUAAGCUGCUGAAGGAGGACAAGGUCAGCGGUGAGAAGCUGGUCUACAAUGUUUCCGAGACCGCAUAA